GGCCGCGGCGGCGGGACCCCCGGCGGAACCGAGCGGAACCGGGCCGGGCCGGGCCUGCCGGGGGCCGGGCGGGCGCCGCUGCCAUGUGCGGCGGGAAGCAUGUGACGCCCUGGCCUUCGAUGAUUUAAUGGUUGUUAUAAAAGCACUUCGGAGCGUUCGAGCCUUUCCUGAAACGCGCCGCUAAAUCCUCAUCUUAGCAACGGCAGUUCAGAAACGUUGGGAGUUGGGUUUCCAAAUGGAGCCGAGUCUCUUGGAUUAUUGGUGGUUAUUUUUAAGCGUUUUUCUUCCUGAGAAGAAGGUUGAAGAUCGCCGGUAUAAGUGGGUGAUACUAUUUUCGGCAUGACUCGUAAUCGUGGGUGGACAGGUAGCCUGAGCUAGGCUGCUGUGCACGGGAUGCUGCAUCCUGUAUUCCCUGGAGCUGGGAAUCCUGAGGCAAGGAAGGAAAGGAGAAUCCAGAGUACAGCAAGAGGUUAUUUGCAGGCCUCUGAUAUCCCAAUUUUGUUCUGUUUGAUGUUUAUAGUAGACAAAAUGAGAAGGAAACAGGUGGUGUGGUUUCGGAGGUAGGAAGCAGAGGGGUUAGAAGGAGAGGUACAGAGUGAGAAAUGUGGUGGUGACAGUGUUGCAGAAGUUGAGGAGCAGAGGGCAAAAAGUAAAGUCUAACCUACAGCCAGAGAGCCGGUGAGAGGAGAGGGAAGGUAACGAAAGAAAGCAGGUACUUUUAUUUGGGCUGCUCCUGUGGUAGGGUGCCUGGGGAAGGUGCUGCUCCCAUGAGAAGUGAGGCCAAAGAGCUCCUGGUCUUGCAGCUGGUAUCGGCAGCUCUGAGGCAGGAAGGAGGGGUUCCUCCUCCCUUCCUCCUGUUGUCUCAAGCUUUUAUUCCACACUUCUAGAAGUGCUACGAGCAUUUCCCACUGAUAAUUCCUUUUUUUAAAAAAUGACAUUGCAGGGCCUCACCAUCAUAAUUUUAGGAGUCCCUCAUUGUAUGAUCCAGAUGCAGUGUGUUAUCCAAUACUCUCUCUUGAGUGUGUGAUACUGUGAUUAACAGGUUAAAGCACUUCUCAGGAUUAUGUUUAUAUUGUCACUUUUCUGGAAGGGUUUGAGGGAAGAAGUGUGUAAUCUCUCCCCUGCCUCCUGCAGAAGAGCUUUGGGAACAGUUUAUGCCAAGGGACUUAUCUUGUACUUUGAGACAAGUGGUCUGUGGUUCUUGGUUUUCCAGAAACCACUUAAAGAUGAUGUUGAAGACCUUCUGUGUGGUUCAGAUGACAUAAUGCUUCUACAUCUAUUUGUAAUUAAUCUGAAUUUAAGGAUUACAAUGUUUUUAUUUUUUUCUGUUAGGAUAAACCAAAACACUUAAUUUUUAUCAUUCUGCAUGUAAAUAGUGGGGAAGUUGCCCUUUUAGUUAAGAUUUGCAGGCUUUGAAAGACUAAUCCAAAUUUUUCCUGUAGCACAAUAAUAUUUAGCAUAGGAUAAAUGCAGAACUUGUCCUCUGGAUAGAAAGAUUGUAGUUCUGGAGAGAUUUGAUAGCUUUCAAGGGUGAUGUUGAACAGUUCUGAAAUAUUCUGGGAGUACAGCUCUUUGAGAGUGCUAAUAGAGAUCUGUAUGAUUUUUUAAAAGUUUACUACGGGAUUGCUUAUUGUGAUUCUUCCAUCAAGUUACAGCAGGGAACCAAGUUCUACAACUCAAGUACAAUUUUUCUUUAAUUUUUGUGAGUAACCAUGCUUUGUCUUCCAACACAGUGUUUACCUUUCAUACCUUUGCAUGGUUUGUUGUUUUUUCUAAGCAUCUGGGCAGAACCACCAGGUUCUGUGAGGAGUAUGAAAUUGUUACUUCAGACAGCAGUCUCUCCUCAGCAAGGACACUGGUUCUUGAGAGGGUUACUACAAAUACUGUGGUCUGUAGAAAGAUGUGGAAGCAAGUAGAGUGGAUGGAGAAAAAUAAUUUGACAGUUCCACAUGACUCUAAUACUUCUGUGUAAAGGUAAUUGAACCCUGCAGCUGAUUGUAAGACAAAUCCUAGGUAGUGUGCUCCUACACAUUGCAGGAGUUAAAGGCAAAAUGAGAGGGAGGCACUUUUUAAAGUGUGUGUGGUUUAAGGAAAUGCUGUGUUUGGAGGCCAUACUGGAGGUAGUUGGUGAUGGGAUGGCAUGGACAGGAACAGUAAACAUGAGCAGCAGUAUAUACAGAAACACAAGACACAUCUCAGAGGAGGAAUUGCACCAUUUUCCAUCAGAGAGAAAAUGGGGAAAGAUUGACUAUUUGGUGAACACCUUGAAGGCAGGGGGAGCCUUGUCAGGGCAGGAGAGAUUGGAUAACAUUGGUGGAGAUGGGGGAGAAGAGUGCUCAGCUUCCCUUCCAAGGUGUCUUUGUAUCCAGCAUUGUUCUGGUCUUACAACAGCAAGCACUUUUCAAGUUUUAUAUGAUCACCUCGGCAUUUUUGCUGGCUGCAACUUCAGUGUUGGUGAAUUACUAUGCUGCUUUGCACAUAAACUACAGUGCCUACUACACAGCCCCGUUUGGAAUUCAGAUCUUCCCUCACAAAGGACCUUCGCUAUGGAUGGCACUUUCUAUCCUUCAGCUUACCUUCGGAAUCGGGUAUGUUACCCUGCUAAAUGUGCAGUCCAUCUACUCUCAACUCAUCAUCCUGGAUAUACUGAUUCCCGUAAUUGGCUUGAUUGUUGAAUUACCUCUCAAUGUCCGGCAGAUACUCGUUUUUAUUUCAGGCCUAGUUCUGACAGUAAAUACCACAGUCAUCUUAGUGAUGAAAAUUAAAUGGUUCUAUUAUUCGAUGCGGUAUGUUUAUCUGCUGGUGAGGCACAUGUAUCGCAUUUAUGGAUUACAGCUACUGAUGGAAGAUACAUGGAAAAGGAUCCGGUUCCCAGCCGUACUGCGUGUCUUCUGGCUAACGAGACUUACAGCACAAGCUGUGGUAUUAACAUAUGUUGUAAAGAUGGCUGAAACUAAUACAGAAGAAAAAUUCUUCUUGAUAUCAUGGGACAACUGUUGGGAACUGAUUUGCAGUCUGAUCAUCAGUGGGUGUGACUCCACUCUAACUGUGCUGGGCAUGAGUGCCGUCAUUUCCUCAAUAGCGCAUUAUUUGGGACUCGGCAUCUUGGCCUUCAUCGGAUCAACUGAUGAGGACGACAAAAGGCUGGGUUUUGUGGCGCCGGUCUUGUUUUUCAUCUUGGCCCUGCAGACUGGCUUAAGUGGGCUGAAACCCGAAGAGCGCUUAGUUCGGCUGAGUCGGAACAUGUGCCUUUUGUUGACGGCCGUCCUGCAUUUCAUCCACGGGAUGACAGACCCAGUGCUGAUGUCUCUCAGUGCCUCCCACGUGUCAUCGUUUCGCAGACACUUCCCUGUACUGUUCGUUUCCGCUUGCCUUUUCAUCCUUCCAGUUCUGCUCAGCUACAUCCUCUGGCACCACUAUGCACUAAAUACAUGGCUUUUUGCAGUUACAGCAUUCUGUGUAGAGCUUUGCCUAAAAGUAAUAGUUUCUAUCACUGUUUAUAUAUUGUUUAUGAUUGAUGGCUAUUACAAUGUGCUAUGGGAAAAACUUGAUGACUAUGUCUACUAUGUUCGUUCAACUGGCAAUAUUAUUGAGUUUAUAUUUGGAGUGAUCAUGUUUGGAAACGGAGCUUACACGAUGGUUUUUGAGUCGGGAAGCAAGAUUCGUGCUUGCAUGAUGUGUCUACAUGCAUACUUCAACAUCUACUUGCAAGCAAGGAAUGGCUGGAAGACUUUUAUAAAUCGCCGGACUGCUGUUAAGAAAAUAAACUCGCUUCCAGAGGUGAAGGGAAGUCGGUUACGUGAAAUCGAUGAUGUAUGUGCAAUCUGCUACCAUGAGUUCACCACCUCUGCUCGCAUUACUCCAUGCAACCAUUACUUUCAUGCACUUUGUCUUCGGAAGUGGCUGUACAUUCAGGACACCUGCCCAAUGUGCCAUCAGAAAGUGUAUAUAGAGGACAAAGAAAAUGCCAGUAUCUCCAACAACAAUGGGUUUGUGGCACCAAACGAAAAUCCUGUACAAGUUGCAGAAGAAGCUGCUGAUGCUGAAAAUGAAUUAAAUGAAGACAAUGGCAGUUCUGAUAGUGAAGAGGAAGAUGAUGACUGUGUGGUGCAGCACUUGAGUGAGACUCGUAAUGUUGACUCUAACUCGCUUAGUGAUUAAGAUGUCCUUUACUAAGCCGUGAGGUAUUUGUUUAGGAUUGACUUCAACGGAAUAGAAGUAUCACUUCGUAGUAGUUGUACUUAAGCACAACAGCAGUAUCUCAGUGUUGAGUCUGUGAAUGGUGGUUGUUUACUGUGGUGUGUGCUACUGUAAAUAUACCUCUGACUUUUGCUGGUCUCUUUCAUGACCACCUUAAAAUUAUGUACAUUAUUGUACAUGGAAUAAAAUGUUUUCACAUGUUUUUAA